UGACCCGGCUGGCGUCCCAAGAUGGCGGCAGCGGAGGCGCCCGGGAGCCCGCUGCACCGUCCCGGCUGCUGAGGAGGGCCCCGCGCGGCUGGCGACGGACGGGCCGGGCCGAGGGCCGGCGAACGGGCGGCCGCCGCCUAGACGCGCCCCGCAGCCGGGGCUAGGCCUUGCGGCGGCGGCGCCGGGGGAUGCUGGUGCUGGGCCGGGCCUCUCCCUCCUCAACUUAGGGCGGCGGCGGGCCCGCGCCCCUUGCUCCCGGGCCAUGGCGCUGAGGGAGCUCAAAGUGUGUCUGCUGGGGGAUACAGGUGUGGGUAAAUCCAGCAUUGUGUGGCGGUUUGUGGAAGACAGCUUUGAUCCCAACAUCAACCCAACAAUAGGGGCAUCCUUUAUGACCAAGACUGUCCAGUACCAGAAUGAGCUACAUAAAUUCCUCAUCUGGGACACAGCUGGACAAGAACGAUUUCGUGCCUUAGCGCCAAUGUACUAUCGAGGGUCGGCUGCAGCUAUAAUCGUCUAUGAUAUCACAAAAGAAGAGACAUUUUCAACCUUAAAGAACUGGGUGAAAGAGCUGCGACAGCAUGGCCCGCCUAAUAUCGUGGUCGCCAUUGCAGGAAAUAAGUGUGAUCUUAUCGACGUGAGGGAGGUCCUGGAGAGAGACGCUAAGGACUACGCCGACUCCAUCCAUGCAAUUUUUGUAGAGACCAGCGCAAAAAACGCCAUAAACAUAAACGAACUCUUUAUAGAAAUUAGUCGAAGAAUUCCAUCCACGGAUGCCAGCCCGCCGUCCGGCGGUAAAGGCUUCAAACUCCGGAGACAGCCUUCAGAGCCAAAGCGGAGCUGCUGCUGACGGAGCCUCGGCCUCCGGGCUCAACGAUGAAGUAGGUGGUUCUGAAGGUUGGCAGGAGGGCUGGGGCCCUGUCACCAGGUGUCGCCCAGCCGAUCAUGGUUCUUCUCUGGGCACAAAGGAUUCACAGAAAUUGACCAGUUCCGUUUCCUCUCUGGAGACUGCAGCAGCGACCUUUCCGUCUGCGGACUCCUCUGUGUAAAGACUCUCUGGUGUUCAAAGGACUACAUCGCUGGCUCUUGACCUGCUGAGAAGGAGGGCGUGAUUGGCUGGAGGGUAGGGUGGCUCCUUGGGUAGUCUUGGGAUCGGGACGUUAGGGGCGUCUGUAAAGGGAAGAUGAGCACUUCGUGGUUCUCGAGGGAAAAACGACCCUGCGGAGAUGGGCAUUUCCUUGGGCUCCCGUCCCCCUGGGCGAGGGGGUUGUGUCAUUCACGUGUGGUGGCUCUUCAGCAGGGGUGGAGGGGAUGGCACUUACCCCCGAAGGGAGCACGGGCUCCUCAUCAGUGACCCCACCCGCGGGGCGCAUUGGCCCCGCCGCCGUCUCCAGAGCACCUUCCACUGAGCCCAUCAGCCCAGGCCGCGCACAGUCCUGUCCCAGCAGCAGAGGCCUGGCUCCCUCCAGGCCUGCCUCUGGCCCUGGCAUCUGUGGGUGUCACCAAGCACGCUCCUGGCACCUUGUUAAUAAGUAAGCUCUCACCGUCAAGGCGGGGGUGGCAGAGAGGCUGCCUGGAGGAAACUGAAUGGCACCUGUUUAAACUGACCAGCGAUGGUUUAGAAAGAGAAGAAGCGAGAAAGGCAAGAAGUGGUGUAAAUGCUCUCGAUUUUUUAUUGAACCGAAUUAUUUUGGGGGAAGCGAUUACCUGUUGCUUAGCCUAUGUAGAGUUGUAAUCUGUAUUUAUGAGACCUCUGCUCACAGAUGAUAAAUUAUGUACAUACACGAAUAAAUCCUGUGUUUGGUUCAGCAUUCCCCUCACUCCUGCGGCCGCCCCCGCCUUGGCCUGUGCACCCCAGGCUCCUUGAGGCCCGUGGACACUGCUCAGAGCGCAGGUGCCGGGCGCCGGGCGCCGGGCUCACAGCCCCAGAGCUCCUCUGCCCUCCCUUCCCCCACCCCACCCCAUCCCAUCUGGAAGACCCCGGAGACGUUCAAGCCCAUCUGGAAGUCCCCCUAAAGGCAUUCGCCAGCUUGACAAGCCUGACCGGCCCUCCCUAGCCGCGGGGUAAAAAGAUGAAGCUGCCCGCUUGGCUCACGUCCUUUCCCCGGUCUUGGUGAUAAGCUGCUUUUAGCUUCGACCCAGGCCGACCGCAGCCCAGCUGUUUUCAGGGCGCUUUCCUUGUUAGCAGUGUAGCAUGUCUUUCCUUUCCCUUCUUUUCCCCCUGCCUCUGCUAGUGGUUAACACGCUUCUCCCUCAGGGAGCCUAAUGAGGUUUUAAUAUAAUCUAAAAAUAAAGCGCUGAAGUGAAGUUGGUGAAAA